AUGUUGGGUGCUGUGGCGCUAGAGGUGUCUUGUGUGCUAGGCCUGGUCAGGCAUGGCUUUGUAGCCACGGUAUAUCCUGCCGAUGCCCAAGUCAUUCUCAGGCUGCCGGGCACCUCAGCUCAGAUGCGCCUUCUUGCCUCACUUCUGACAUGCAGCUUUGCUUGUGUGGUGAUCGGGUUCCAGUCUAUGCAAAGUGCCCCGGCCUGCUUGGUGAGGCUUUUCACCUUGAGGCGCAGCCUAGUGCCGAUUCUGGCCUGCCCUUGCAGACGAGCGCCACACCGCAUUUUCACGAUGCCCGUGCUAACCAUGCCCUUGAUGGAUUUUCUCUUUCGUGUGUUGGGUGCCUCGGCGCUCGAGGUGGCUUUGGCGCUAGGUGUGGUCAAGUUUGGCUUUGCAGCCGCGGUAUAUCCUGCCGAUGCCCAGGUCAUUUUCGGGUUGCUGGACACCUCGCUGAUGGCCUUUGCUCUUGUGCCAGCUUGCGAGGUCGCGUGUGGCUUUGCAGCCCCGGUAAAUCCAGCCCAUGCCAGCGUGGGGCUUUUUCGGCUUUUCAUUUUCGAGUCGGCACAUGGCUUCUUGGCUUGUGUUCCCCUUGCUGCAGCGAUCGCUCCGGUGGCCCGGGCCAAGCUGACACUGCCCCCAUUUGCCACUCUGAGCGUUGGUCUGGUAGGACUUGACCUUGGUUCGCUUAGCUUUCUGGGUCCGGGCCUCAUUGACUCGAUCCAGCAGGCCAUCAAGUCCCUUUUGGAGCAGGCUGUGCAGCAGUCCUUAGGGCAGGUUCCGCCCAAAACACAGCCUAUCAGUGCCAAGGCGCGUCGGCGCCUUAAAGCCAAGGCCCGCAAGGCCUCUACCAAUAGACGCGCGGCCGGUGCGUCAGCUUCCCCGGCCCCUUUGGCUCCCUCUGCUGCCCGUGCGGCCCCGCAAGGCAAAGGUGAUGGAGGUGCACCAGGCAAAGGCGCAGGCAAAGGCCAAGGUAAAGACAAGGGCCCAAACCUGGGCAACGUGCAGCCCCGACCCCCUCAGCCCGCCACCCCUCCUUCGCAAGAAGGGGAAUGGUCCGUCGUGAGUCGCCGGCAUGAGCCCGUUGCCGAGGUUGAGCUUCGACAGCAGGAUUGGGACAGUGAGAUUGUACGCUGCGAGGUGCUUGCUUCUAAGCUUGAGGCGUGCAAUGAUGUCUUCAAGGCAGUCAUUCGAUGUGGCAGGGGUCAGCUUAGUACUCCACGCACCCUUCUGCAGGGAUCGGGCAAACCCCACAGCGUGCUUUUGAUCGAGUUUUGCAAAGAUGCCCCUGUUGACGCAUCGACUAAGGAGCAGUCGUCUCAGGACAAGGCCGCGCGCCAACGGGUGCCGGUCAAGGCCGGUAACUUUGUCAAGUUCCUUGAGGCAAGGGUUUUCCAGAUUGCCAGUGCUGGCGAAGCCGUUGCUCAGCCCAAGGGUCUUGCCACGGCUGCCAAGAUCCAACCCAAGGCCACCACGGCUCUCUUCUGCCGUGUGUCACAGGAGUUUGCUACGGCCGAGGUCUGGAAGAAGUUUGGCACUGCCCCGCGUGAUGCCAUCGCCCGUUGGGCUGCCACCUCGCGAGUCCACAUUGUCGAUGCCUUCAAGUGGUCUGAGGAGGUUUUCCCAGGCAACAGGCGACAGGUAUAUGGAGUUAUCCGUGUCCCGGAGCCCGACGCCUCUGCCUUGCUUGCGCAAUCCGGUGCCGGCGGUGUUUUCAUUUCUAUGCCGAAGGCUGCUGCUAGCUCGCAGUAUGUGCAAUGGAUCCCCAGAAACACCUCUGAGCCCAGUGCCGCCUACCUCGCCCGGGCCUUCCGAGGCAAAGGGGCUCUGGGGCUUGUCUUUCGUGGCUCCAACCUUGGAAGCCGGCACCAUGCCGACGCAAAGACCCUCAUCCCGCGCAUUUGGAUCUUGGAAGGUCUGCCUUCCAUCCUCGAUAUGGAGCAGGCCAAAUCUGUGCUCGAGCCUCUGUUUCGUGAGCUUAGCAUCAUUCGGCUAGUCCGCAAGAAUGGAUCCAAGCAGUUUAUUUUCCGAGGGGCGUGUGUUCGAGGCAAUGAAGCUGACCUCGUGCCAAUUGCCGUUGAGGUCGAGGCUCUGGGAGAACAGAGCGCGCAGGCAACGCACGUUGCAUGGGCCCGCCUGGCGCCUCCCAAAGGCGAGAAGGUUAAGCAGCGCGCCAUUCAUGGUGCUUCCGUUCCCUUUGUUAAGGAGGACAAUGCCUUCAGCCCAAAGCCGGUUACCGUCGAAAUCCCUGCCCCUCCGAAAGCUGAUGGUGCCGCCGAUGGUGCCGCAAAGGACGAGGCAGGAAAGCCGCAGCCCCCGGCCAAGCGGCAAAAGGCUCUUCUUCGGCAGGUCCCUGAAGGCACCAAGCUGAUGCCGCAGGACAAAGAUGGCAACUGCAUGUACCGAUCCAUUGCGUGUGCUCUCAACCACGGGCGCAAGGAGUCCUCCUUUCAUCAUCUUGAGCUCCGUGCUCGCGUAGCCUCUCACCUCGAGGAACACGCUUCGUGGUACGAAGAGGAAUGGAAAGCUGAUGACUGCAAGGGGUCCGAUGGCACUUCACUUCCCAAUUGGGCGGCCUUCGUCGCGGCUGUGGCAAAGCCGGGUUCUUUUUCAGGUGACAUCGAGUUAAAGGCCCUCUGCAAGUUGUGCAAAAUCAAGGUCGUCCUCAUUCCUGAGGACCCGGCCUUUGCUGUUGUUGCUUAUGGCAAAAAGUGGCAGUCCAAGACUCACUGUGUUUUCUACACUUCAAACCACUUUGACUACCUGGCACCGGUUGCUGAUAAGUAUAGCAAAGAGCUGCUUGAGGUUUCGGCCGACCCGAACGGCGGUUUCCUGGUAGGAGGGGUCUCUGAGCUUGCUACCGAGUCUUGUAGCAGUCGCGGUGCCGGCACCAGGGCCGCUGACUUGCGCACGGAGUCCUCGCGGCGCACCAAAGGCCUUUCCGUCGCCACCCCGGUCCCGUCUGGUAGCCAGGCAGGUCACAGGUGUAAGGCCAGGUCCGAAGAAGCCCCGGGCAAGCGGCUCCGCACUGUGUCCUCGGCCCAUUCUUGUGCUCCUCCGUCUGACGUGUCUGGUCGGGCUUCCCAUGGGCUUGCCUCCGACCUUCCAGAGCUUCCGCCGGAGCCUGUUGUCUUGGAUGGUUUUGUCGAUCCUCGGCAGCGCCCUACCAAGGUCCGGUGCAAGAAUAAAUACACCUUUUGCCGACUUUGCCCAUGGACCCGCCAGUGUCGUGACCACGACCAGGCUGCCAGCUUGCAAAAAAGGCACUUUGCCACUCACCACCCUGGCCUUACUCCUACGGGACAGUGCCAGCGGGUACGAAUCGACUUUGAAACUGGCAAUGCCUCGCCAGCUAAGCGCAUCUUGCAGGCUGUUCGUGAGCACAAAAUUGCCUGCCACCCCCGCGUUCGGUGGCUGAAGUGGGCCACGCUAUCCUACAAGGAUCGUGCCGAAAAGGCGACAGUCACGAGGUUUAAUGCCAGCUCUGCGGCCAUCAUUUCGAAGAAGGCGUGCCUGCUGGAGAAGUUUGAGGUUUUCCGUUGGCCGCGCAAGGUUGGGCUUAGGUCGCAGGCGAUCUCUCCCAUUGCCUUUCGGGUUGCCUGGGUGCGCAAGACCUGCCACGCCACGUGUCGCACCGCAAAGUUCGCUGAAGAGCAUGCGGCGACCAAUUGUCCCAGCAAGGUUGUGUCGGGCUUACUGAAGGUCUGGGCUCACGGCCGUCUCAGCACCCUGGCGGAGGACAAGAAGAUUUUUCUCCAAGGCCCCAAUUCAGGUGAGGCCAAGGCGCGAGGUAUUGCCCUCUUUGACCAGGCCCAGGUUGUUUUGGAACGUCAGCUUCGGGCCCUUGGUGCCCCA